UCACUUAUAUACUCCUCCAAAACUUUGAGACCGGGAGGAAAGAGUUAGCGUUUGAUCUGAGGAACCCGGCUGCUUCUCUCUCAAGCACGUCACAAAAUGGUUUCCUUCAGGUUUCACCAGUACCAAGUGGUCGGGAGAGCACUUCCAACUGAGUCCGAUGAGCAUCCAAAGAUCUACCGCAUGAAGCUUUGGGCCACUAACGAGGUCCGUUCAAAAUCAAAGUUCUGGUACUUCUUGAGGAAGCUUAAGAAGGUCAAGAAAAGCAAUGGACAAAUUCUUGCCAUCAAUGAGAUUUUUGAGAAGAAUCCUACCAAGAUCAAGAACUAUGGAAUAUGGCUGCGAUACCAGAGCAGAACUGGUUAUCACAACAUGUACAAGGAAUACAGGGACACAACUCUGAAUGGUGCUGUUGAACAGAUGUACAACGAGAUGGCAUCUCGCCACAGGGUUAGGUCACCAUGCAUCCAGAUCAUCAAGACUGCUACCAUCCCUGCAAAGCUUUGCAAGAGAGAGAGUACCAAGCAGUUCCACAAUUCCAAAAUCAAGUUCCCAUUGGUGUUCAAGAAGGUUAGACCCCCAACCAGGAAGCUCAAGACAACAUACAAGGCAUCCAGGCCCAACCUGUUUAUGUAAAUUGGUUGGUUUAAUUUGUUGGUUCUUUGAUUUGCGACCUUGUUAAGCUGAAUAGAUUGUUGAGCUAGAGUGGGUUAGAGCUAGAUCUCUUUCAUGAACCCAUUGCUUCCAGGAGCUUAGUCUGAAUUUACUGUUGUCCACCCUUUCAAGUUUUGAAGCUCAUGUGUUUUGUUAAGUUGCCUAAUUUCUUUUUGAAUUUUGUGCUCAUGGAAACUUUCUGGUGCCUUGUAUUGGCGCUGUCAAAUGCUUAUGAAAAUGUUCUUACCAGUUUUGAGGAUAA